UUGUAGUCGUGUUUACGCUGAUCGUGUGUGUGUGUUUUGGCCUCUUGCUGCCCUUCUUUUUUUUUUUUUAGGCGGAUCUCCGCCGCGGCUAAUUGCAGCGUCUCAGCUCUCCCGGUUGGCGUCUCGUCUCUCUCUUGCUCGCUCCGCCACGCCUGGAGCGACGUCACACGAAGGUGCGAGAAGAAGACGGCCGCAUUUUUCCUCCCUUCAUCAUCCAAAGAAAACACACUGACACACACCGUGGUCCUCCUCUUCCUCCUCCUUUGCAAGACCUCCUGUGAGUCAUUUCCAAAGCGCAAAAGACGAGCCGGAGCAACCGAACGGAACCAACGAUCCACCCGCUGUGCCUCCCUCCUCAUCAUCGGACGUCUUCUUUUGGAUUUUUUUUUAAAGGGGGGGGGGUGAUGUUUGAUGAAACUCCGUUGGCGGUUCCGGAGAAGCCACGUUUGGAUCGCAUUUUGGGCUCACCACGUCGGGGAACUUGUACCGGGACCGAACCGGAGCGACUAUGGAGAGUUUAAGCGUCCCUUCGGACCUCGUCUGUGUCACCUCUUGACCGACUUCGCCGCGCAUGAUUAAGAUGCGGCCGACAGGAGGGGAGCUGGAUGAUGAACUUUGAUUGACUUGACACUUUCCUGCACACACCAAAAAAAAAAAAAAAAAACAAGAGGAGGAUUCCGAGUUUUUUUUUGUUUGUUUGUUUUUUGGAUAUCCAAAAAUUAGCUGGAAGACGAACAAACAUGUCGGUUCGCCUGUCUCGACCCCAACUGGCUCUGUUCUUUAUCUUGCUUUGCCCGGUCAACAUCAUCGGAUUGUGGUGGGCGGUGGGCAGUCCGCUGCUGAUGGAUCCGAACAGCAUCUGCAGGAAGGCGAAGCGCCUGGUGGGGAAGCAGGCGGAGCUGUGCCAGACUCAGCCGGAGAUCAUCAGCGAGGUGGCCAAAGGGGCCAGGCUGGGCAUCAGGGAGUGCCAGUACCAGUUCAAGUACCGCCGGUGGAACUGCACCAGCCACAACAAGUACUUUGGCAAAAUUCUACAGCAAGAUAUCCGGGAGACGGCGUUCGUGUACGCCAUCACGGCAGCCGGCGUGAGCCACGCGGUGACCCAGGCCUGCAGUAUGGGGGACCUGCUGCAGUGCGGCUGCGAGGCCACCAGGAACAGAGCCCCGCCCAAACCUCUCUCGUCGUCGUCGUCGUCGUCGUCCUCCUCCGUUGACGGGUCCAAGUGGGAGUGGGGCGGUUGCGGAGACGACGUGGAGUUUGGUUAUGAGAAGUCUAAGCAGUUCAUGGAUGCCAAGAGGAGACGAGGCAAAAGCGACAUCAGGACACUCGUUGACCUGCACAACAACGAGGCUGGCCGACUGGCAGUGAAGCUCUACAUGCGGACAGAGUGCAAGUGCCACGGACUGUCCAGCUCGUGCACGUUACGCACCUGCUGGAAGAAGAUGCCCCAUUUCCGCGAGGUGGGCGAGCGCCUCCUGGAGCGAUUCAACGGCGCUUCCAAAGUGAUGGGCGGCAACGACGGCAAGACUCUGAUCCCCGUCGGACAGAACAUCAAGCCGCCGGACAGGCAGGAUCUGAUCUACUCGGACGAAUCGCCCGACUUCUGUCUGGCCAACCGUAAAACGGGUUCGCUGGGCACGCGGGGGCGCAUGUGCAACAGCACCGCCAUGGACAUCAGCGGCUGCGACCUGCUGUGCUGCCAGCGCGGCUACCGCCAGGAAACGUUGGUGUUUGAGGAGAACUGUCUGUGUCGCUUCCACUGGUGCUGUGUGGUCCAGUGCAAAAAGUGCUCCAUCCAAAAGACCCUUAGUCUGUGUCACUGAUGAACUGGAACUGAUUCCCCUCAUUAUUAUUAUUAUUAUUAUUAAUUUUUUUUUGGUACCGCUAAUGACUUUUUUUAAUAUAUAUAUUGAGCAUUUUUUUCUUUUGCAUUGGUUUUUGGCCGCUGUAAAGUAAGAUCCUGACUGUGUUGUUUUCCAUUUGAUGCCAUUCCUUAAGAAAUCUGCAUUAAUCUGGCACUGUUAUUGAUUCUCAUGAUUUCUGAUGAACGCUGACGAGAA